AUGAAAUUCUUUCGAGUCGCCGUCGGCUGCCAGUCUACAGACGUCUCAGGUGAUCAUUCUUCUAAGCGAGACCGGCGCGGGCAGUCAACCCAGGUCCCCCAGCUGCUCGUCUAUGAUGAGUAUUCAAGUGGCCUCCAGAUUGCAUGUACCCAGCCGCGCCGACUAGCUGCAACCACACUCGCUGGUUGCGUUGCCAACGAAGUGGGAGUCGUCCUGGGGGAGGAAAUCGGCUAUAAGAUCGGCGGCAAGAAAAUGGUUGAUAAAAACCGGAAGAAAACUCGGCUUGUCCAUCUCACCGAAGGCGUCCUGCCUCGGCAGCUAAGCUCUGACAGGGUUCUGUCGGCGUAUGCAUGCGUUAUUCUUGACGAAGCUCAUGAGCGGGCUGCCGAUCUCGACUUAACGCUGGUCCUCCUAAAGAUGGUCGUAAGCCGUCGUAAGGAUCUCAAGGAUUACUUCGACAACUGCCCACUGGUUCGCAAUUCUGGUCGCAUCUUUGACGUUGAGAUUAGUUAUGCUAAGGAGGCCCCGGCAAACUUUGUCGUCGCUGCCGCGCGUCUCGUGGUGGCGGUCCAUGAGGAUAAUAAGCCAGGCAACAUCCUAGUAUUUCUUCCAGGCAAAGCAGAGAUAGAAGCUGCCUGCAAUCUUCUCCGUCGGUACACCAAGGACCUUAACAUCUUCCCUCUAUACCCAGAUCUACCGGCCGACUCUCAGAGGCUGGCUCUUACUCAUUCUGGUCCAAGCCGCAAAUGCAUUGUGUCGACCAAUAUUGCAGAGAACAGCCUGACUAUUGAUGAUGUUGUGCCUCGUCUCGAUAUGCAUAUGCUUGACCUAAGACGGAUCUCUCAGCCAUCAUAUGAACGCCUAGAUCAGUCCACUGCUCCUGCCAUUCGCAGUGUGCCCGUUGACUCAAUACUGCUCAAGCUGCUUGUUGCUGGCUACAGAAGGGCCAUCGACUUUGACUGGAUCGAUGCCCCUCAUCCGGAGUCAAUUGCACGUGCAGCCCAGAGUCUUCGAGAUUGUACGCUGGAUGCAAAGAAGGCCUAA